AUGGCCAAUAGAGGAAGUGAACGGCUAGAACGUCUACGAAAGUCAAGAGCUGAGAAAGGGAAAUGGCCUCUAAAUAAUGAUAUUGAAAUUCAAUCAGAAGACGACAUGGAAGAUCUCGAGGCCGUAGAUAAAUUCAUAAAAUCCAUAUAUAUUGCGAAUGGGAUAGAUCCAGACACUAUCACAGAAAACAGUUUUAGCUCAUACACCGCAGAAAGAGAUUCAUUAAUCGGUGGAUCCUCCACAGAUGUAUCAAAUGUAGCCCGAGCUGGAUUCAAUUCGGACACCGAGAAUUCAGAUCCAUCCACCAGCACGAUCUCAUCAGAACCUAAAGAUCUUAAUACAUCCGCUUUACCAGAAGAACCUGAGCAAGAGGUAUUUUUAAUAAACAGGUCUCAAGAAAACGAGGAGAUUCUGAGACCUAGCACAUCCUUCAAUGAUGGGUAUUUGGUCGAUGGCCCAGUUUUUAGAGCGCAAAUAGCCGAACUCGAAGAAAAGACUGUCAAAAUGAAAGCAAGCACAAAGAGUACCCUCAAAAUUGCCAAAGUAUUCUUAACUACUCUUGAAGCUCACAUGUCUAAUGAAAUCAAGUUGCGGUCUGUCCUCCAAAGAAUACCUUCCACAAUCCCGGUUUUACUAGACUAUGUGGACCGUACAUGGUCUAUCUUUCAUGAACAAAACAUCAGACUUCAAAAAGGCAUCAAAACCCACAUUCUCAAUGAGCUACAAAAGCAUUAUGACAUUGUUGUAAAGGAUACUGAUAUCAAGAAACGCGACUUUCAAGCAGCUAGUACUGAGUAUUAUAGAUAUACAGCAAAAUAUCUAUCCAUUAAAAAAGAAGACCUUUUGAAAAAUAAAGGGCAUGUUGAGAAAGGAUCAAAAAAUAUUGCGCGGAAAAGCAAAUUCGAUAUGGUCCGUUUUGACUAUUUCAAUUAUCUCCAAAACUUACAUAGAGGUAUAAAAGAAAACAAGAUUCUCUUUAAUCUGGCAAGCGAGCAACACAAGAAUUCCGAAUUCUUCGAUCUUGUAACAAAAGGCAAAGUCCCGGGUAUUGACGAACUAAGCGCGAUUGAGAUGGCGGUGAAAGAAGACUCGAUAAUACAGACGGUUCUUGACGAAGAACAUAUUCGAAUAAGAAAUCCUGUGUACUCUUCUCACAAUAGGCAUGUUCGGAAUAUGAUGAAUUCAGUAAUUGGAGGACAGUCUUCUUCCGCAAAUGUAUCAUCUUUAGAAGAAAAUUUAGCAACAAACGAAGAAGAAGACCGGGAUCUUUUACUUAGGUCUGGAAAGACAAUGGAGGGUAUUUUAUAUUCUACAUCCAAGCCUAAUAAUUCAGAUGACCCAGCUCUCAAGUCUCGUGGUACUUGGCACAAAUACUGGUGUGUUCUUGACGAAAAUCAGAUCAGUGAAUUUCGAGAUUGGAAAACACUUCCUCGACUCCACAUGAGUCCAAUAUCUUUAUUUAAUGCCAAUGUGCAUCAGAUAGAUGAUGUGGAUAGAAAAUUUUGCUUUGAAGUGAUCACACCGCAUAUGCGACGAGUUUAUCAAGCCCUCACCGACGAGGAUAGAAAAAAAUGGGUGGCAUGUAUCCGCAAUUCAAUAGAAGAAAUCAGCCUAGGUAAUCAACCCUCGACAAGCAACGGCCAGUCAAGACAUCAGCUGGCAGACAAUCCAGAGCAAGAAUCCAAGAUCAAGAGCCUAUUUAACAAACCAUCAAAGAGGAAUAUUUCAUCCUAUUUCAAAAGUAUCUUUAGUGCAAUUUUUCCGAAUUCUAGAGCCACAGAGGAUUUACAUAACUCUAUUCAACACAAUAAUGAAACUAGUUCAUCUACCAUAGCGACUCGACCAUCCCAUAGACCACUGGAAUACUUUAGAAACCUUUUAGGGAGCUGUAUAAAGCGGAUUUCUACACCAAGACUGGCCUAUGAUACAAACCAUGCUCCUGCUCCUGCUUCCGCUCCUGCUUCCGCUCCACAGAAAAUGAGAAUAACCACGCCCAGUUUAGAAAUUCUGCGUCGCGAUCUUUCAAAUAAAAGAUGUGCAGAAUGUGGUUUCGAUGAUCCCACUAAUUGCUGUGUAAACCUUGGAAUUAUUGUUUGCAACGUUUGUUCUAUAAUUCACAAGAGAAUUAAUAGUGAAGGAGUUAUCUCAUUAAUAACGGAUCUUAAUCUUUAUACACCAGACAUCGAAGAACUUAUAAUAUCUGUUGGAAAUGAUAUUUCAAACAAUAUAUGGGAUCCUUUGCAGCAUAUAGCUCCACACGAGCGUCCGGCUGAAAAUCUUUCAAGCAAUUCAAUCGUAAGACCCAGACCAUUUUCUACGUACGAAGAAAAAUCCAGAUACAUCCAAGACAAAUAUACAGCAAAGGCUUAUAUUUGCAGUGCGGGCAGUUCUCCAAAUCAAGAACUUAUGAAUGCUAUAGAUAUGGAUGACAUUCCUGCUGCGUUGCGGGCAAUAUCGCGUGGAGUUGACUUUAACACAGCUUGGUAUAGUACGCCAGAUUCACUUUCUGCGUCGAGGACAUCCCAAGGUAUAGGGUUGGCUGUAGAUCAAAGAACCCCACCAGAAUGUUGUGAGUCGUACCAUCCUUUGCACAAAGCCUUGUUAUAUGGUCGUCACGCAGAAGCUUCCGGAUCAUCAAGUAGAAAUCUUAUUUUUCCUAUGGCCGAACUUUUACUCCAGCAUGGAGCAUCCACAACUGUUUUUGACCUCCACACACACAGGUCAUUAGGGGAAAUUAUUUACCUCGAUAUUAACAUAGAGAAAGCCGCAGUUGAAUUCCUCAACGGAAGACCAAGAGCAACCGGAGAACAGCCUAUAGUUACCUUUUAG